GCAUGCAUCAGGAGGCAUGUGCGAUGCGUGCACCACGUAUGAAUCUUACGAAUAGCCAAGAGUUUAAUUCAGCGAAAUGCGUUCGUUUCAUUGGCGCGUUCCCCUCGUGCCGCACUACCCACAAGUCGGUUUUCUAACGUGAAAGUGUCCUAGCUGGGCAAUCGGGAGCAGAGGAUCGUGGCCAACAGACCCAAUCUAAUCUCGAGCAUCUCUAGUCCAGGAACACUUCUCUCUCUAGCACUCCUCUCUACCUCGUACCAGAACACCCAAAUACCAAAGUUCUUUCGUACCAUCUCCACUCCGAAUUUGUACCAUUGAAUCAUUCGCCCGUAUCCCCUAAAUUACGACGUAUUCUUCCCAUCCCAUCCCAUUCCCAUUCAAAUCUCCUCGCCACACUUAAUGGGACUGACUGACGGUGUUAAUCAUUCCACUUCCACACCAUCCUUCUCGACAUUCAUUUGCUGUUUUCCAUUUCCUCUCGCAACCCCAUUUCCAUCUCACUCCAGUCGGAAGACAGUCAUUCGUUAAACCCACAACUUAUUUCUUUUUUUCUUUUUAACUAGGACAUCUGCCGUGCAAGUCGUUGUUAGAGAAGGAGAGAUUACAUCACCAGCACGCUCGUUCUUUCCUGUUCCAAAACGCACCUGAGACGGAAGUAUCUUUGGCUAGCAAUUUGAUUGGGCUUGGAUUCUUGAGUUUUCAUCUCAUCAUCAAAAAACCAACUUCUCACAUCUAUCUAUCGUCAACAAAAGACAACAUUAUAACAUACACACAUUGGUAUUUCAAUUAGCAUCAUGAAGACCUUUGGCUUUGCUUCAGCAGCUGCUGCGGCAUUGACCGGUGCGCUUUUCGCAUCGUCUGCUGCCGCAGCGGAUCUCCCCCCUAUCGUCAUUAAGGGCUCUCACUUCUUCUACGAGAAUGGUACCGAAUUCUUCAUUCGUGGUGUAGCAUACCAACAAGACGUGAACGCCAACACUACUUCCGACGCUACUUUUACCGAUCCCCUUGCAGAUGAAGCUGGUUGCAAGCGUGACAUUCCUAUUCUUCAAGAGCUUGGCACCAAUGUCAUCCGUGUCUACGCUAUCAACUCCUCGUUAGACCACUCCGUCUGCAUGGGAUUGCUUAACGAUGCCGGAAUCUAUCUUAUCCAAGAUUUGUCCAACCCCUCAUCCUCCAUCGAUCGAAGCGACCCAGAAUGGAACACUGAUCUCUUCGCUACCUAUGCCGGCGUUGUUGAUGCUAUGGCCAACUACACAAACGUCCUCGGUUUCUUUGCCGGUAACGAGGUUUCCAACGAUGUCAACAACACUGACGCCAGUGCUUUCGUUAAAGCUGCCGUCCGUGACACCAAGGCUUACAUUAAGACUAAGGGAUACCGCACUAUUGGUGUUGGUUACGCUACCAACGAUGAUGCUAACAUUCGAAUUGACUUGGCCCACUAUUUCAACUGUGGUGAUGCUGAUUCCGCUAUCGACUUCUGGGGUUACAACAUCUACUCGUGGUGUGGAGAUUCUUCCUACACUAAGUCCGGAUAUGAUCAGAGAACUCUCGAAUUUGCCAAUUACUCUGUCCCUGCAUUCUUUGCCGAGUACGGUUGCAACACUGUCCAACCCCGUGAGUUCACUGAGGUCGGAGCAAUUUACGGCGACAAGAUGACUGAGGUCUGGUCCGGUGGAAUUGUCUACAUGUACUUCCAAGAGGCAAAUGAUUAUGGUCUCGUCUCGGUUUCAGGAGACUCUGUUAGCAAGCUUUCUGAUUUCACUGCUCUCUCCAAGCAAUUGGCCUCUGCCACCCCAAGCUUCACCAACUCUGCCUCCUACACUGUUACCAACACAGUAGCACAAGCAUGCCCAGCAACCGGUACCGCUUGGGCUGCCUCUAGCAACCUUCCUCCUAUCGCAAACGCCGAGCUCUGCGAAUGUAUGGUCCAGUCGUUGUCCUGUGUUGCCAACAGCGGUAUCUCUGGUAACUCCAGUGCCGAUCUCUUCGACUAUGUCUGUGGUUUGGACAGCGCUGCCUGUGAUGGUAUUUCAAAGAAUGCUACCACUGGAGUUUACGGUGCCUACUCCAUGUGCACAGGCGCCCAACAAUUGUCUUUCGUAUUUGACCAAUACUAUCAAAACCAAAACAAAGCAGCCACUGCCUGUGACUUCAGCGGCAAUGCUAAGACUCAAACUGGCUCCAAGAGCUCAACCUGCUCAAGUCUCAUUAGCCAAGCCGGAACCGCAGGAACUGGAACUGUUACCAGCGCACCAACUGGUACUGGAUCUUCAAGCAGCUCAUCUAGCACAUCCACCUCUACCAAGAAGAGUUCUGCCGGUGCUACUAUCGUCCCACGUUUCGACUUGGGCUUGUUGCAGUUGGGUGCCUAUGUCGUAGUUGCUGGAAUGGCAGGUGCGGGUAUGAUCAUGUUGUAAAUGAUGCUGUUAGCAUUUUUCGGCGGUGGAUUUCUGGGUGUCUGUGGAUGAACGCAUUUUUAUUCAAAAAAUUGAUCGGGUAGUAAUAUGUCAUGCAUUCCUCGAUAGUCAUUUCAUGUUGCCUAGGCGUCAUUUGGUUCCUCUUCUUUUGACACUUCACGGCGUCAAUUGAAGAUUUUAAUUUGUAUAUUAAAUGAUAGACUGAAGAGAUAUUUGAGAUUGUGAAGAAAAAAACAAAAAAAAAACCAACUUCCUACGGUGAAUUUAAGACUGAUACA